AAACAACUGUGAUUCGUGGUGUCUCCGAGAGUUUAGGGAAACCCGUCAGCAGAUUCACCUCGCCGCGGAAUCGUCUGUGUAAAGCGCGUGCCGGGAAUGAGAAAUCUGGCAAAUGGUUUAAAAAUAGGCUAGUUCGGCUGCAUUGCUCGCGGGGUAAAAUAGGCCAGAGUGGCGUUCGCAGAGUGCUUAGUGCAAAACUUUUACUUUCUUCCAGUCGUCCAACGAUUGUCUAGUUUGAGACGUUUUCUAGUACAGGAAAGUAGUUCGAUAUACGAUCGAAAUGCAAAGACCUUUCGAGGAUCCACCGGUUAUCGGCGAUUGGUGCCGGGAGAAGCGACUCGGAAAUGGUGGCUUUGGAGUGGUGACCCUUUGGAGAAAUAAACAAACGGAACAAACCGUGGCGAUAAAGAAAUUCCACAUUCUUCAAGAUAACAGUGAAAUCACCGAUAAGCACUGCGAGCGAUGGCGCAACGAGGUGAAGCUGAUGACCGAAAAAGUGCAGAAUGACAACAUCGUACGCACUGUGGCCGUCCAGCCGGAAGCCUUUGUUCGGGAGCUGAUGCGUAGCUCGGCCAGCGGGCUGCCGAUCCUGUGCAUGGAGUACUGCGAGGGGGGUGACCUGCGGCGUGUGCUAAACCGUGUCGAGAACUGUUCCGGUUUGCGCGAGCAGGACGUUCGAGAUGUGCUACGCUCGCUGCGUAAUGCUAUCGCAUAUUUGCACAGUCUAAAAAUAACCCACCGGGACAUUAAACCGGAAAAUCUGGUGCUAAAGCAGCAGGGUGAUCGGUUUGUUUAUAAGCUCACCGAUCUGGGUUAUGCCAAAGCGCUCGACAAGCAAAGUCUUAAUGCCAGCCUGGUCGGAACAGUGGAGUACAUCGCACCGGAUCUCAUCUACUGCGAUCGGUACAACUGUUCUGUCGAUUACUGGUCGAUGGGUGUGAUCGGGUUCGAAAUAGUGACCGGAGUGCGUCCAUUUAUCCCCCAUUCGCCCAUUACCAAGUGGAUGCUGCAUGUACAGCAGAAGAAACCGGCCGACAUUGCGAUCACCGAGGAUAACCGGGAUAACUACACUUAUCACACGGAACUUUUUGCGGAAAAUCACAUCUCAGAGUCUCUAAGGCGGCAGCUCGAACGUUGGCUCACGCUGGCACUUGAGUGGAACCCGAAACAGCGCGGUUAUGCUCCGGCAGCAGCGGAUGACCCCACGGUCGGUGCGACAGCGUCACUGAAAACGGUCAAAUUUGCGGAGGACAAACAAAGGAACGGCAGCAACUCGACGCCACCUUCGAUGGUGUUGAAAAUUUUCUCCCUACUCGAUCAAAUACUGGAAAAACGAUAUCUAACGCUCUUCUCGUUGUACGAUUGUCGGUGGAUAUCGCUCGAGGUAACGCCGGAAACCGAUAUGGCGCAGGUUCGCGAGGAAGUCUCACUCGUUACGGGCAUCCCAACGGAGGAGGUUGAAUUUAUCCUUCCCCUCGAGCAGAAACAGUCCCGCGUGGAGCCCAACACACGCCCGAUCGAUCUGUACUUACCGGAGUUUUACGGUAAACCGAUGGUGUUCGUGAUGCACCGGGGAUACCGGGGUAGCAUUGUGCAGCGUGAUCUCAAACCGCGUAUACCGAAGAGUAUUACGGAUGUGUUUCAAAACAUCAAGCUUAAGUUGAAGCCGCACAUGUUGCGGCAGUUUAUCGCAAACUCGUACUAUUUCAUUGCGAACGAGCAACGACUCUACCUUUUGCUCGUUGAUGGUAUCCGGAACUAUGGGUUGAUUCUGAACGACGGCAUUGCCAGACGGAAGGACGAAAUCGGUCGGAUGAACAAGGUCGUGUAUGGAAUACUGGGCGGUGUGGAAUACCAUAAACUAACGGUAGCACACGCUCGAGAUGCAUUAAAUGUUGGAAAGCAAAUUUCCCCGGCAAUGUUUGAUUCCUCCUGCCAACAGUGGGAAGAACGGUCCACCCGCAUCGAAACAAACGUACGCAAACUGGCCGAAAUGGCGGACAAGAUUAGCAAGCGGUACGAUUCGGUGUUGAAGCGAAGCCGAGACUCGCUUCGGCACAAGCUGCUGUUGGCGGAGAUGGAACAGCAGGACCAUUUCGGGUUGAAAGGUGUUGAGGGACGCUACGAACAAACGCGGGCACGCAUUUUGGAGAAGAUUACCACCGAAAAAUCACACAUGGACAUGUCGCAGGCGGUGUACGAGUGUUUGAAACGUCGUGAUGUUCUGCUCCGUGAUCCUUCAUUCCACGAGUUGCAACAGCAACUGCUCGACAUUCGCACCGAGAUGCAGGAGAUCGAAAAGGUGCUCGAGAAGGUGGUGGAGUUGACGGAAAAGUACAAACGGGAGCUGGCACGGGUAACACUGGAGCAUCAGGAUGAAGUUUGGAAACUGUUGGAUGAAAGUCACGCUUCGCGACGGGUCAACAACGGCACGUCGAAUGGGGCACUGUUGAACGGAACGAAUGGUUCCGUGGUGCCCGACCUCGACCAAAUGAUGCGCUCGGUGAGCAUGGACAAGGAUGGAGGCAAUAAACACGGCCGACCCAAAUUUCUAGUCGGUGGUCCGAUGACCCCGUUACAGUCGACCCUCAGUGGUGGCGGGUCCGUCGAUGAGAAUCUCUUGUGCUUCGGCGAAGGUCCCAACGUGGAGGAUUUAAUCGCUGCUAAUGAGACUUUGAUUAUAACGACAAACGAUUUGUUGAGUGAUAGUUUUACGAUGUUCAAGUAGAACGGAAUCAUCGAUUACAUCCCAGUAGUCCACUCCACUCAUCCCGAUCACUACGUUUAGAGAUUUUUCUUUGCACUUCGAAGGAGUGCUACCGAUGCAGAAAGUAUGUAAGAGAGUUAUUCAAGUGAAUUUCUUCCUCCCACAAGAGAAAUGUGCCUAAAAAGCUGCGUAACGGAAUGGUGCUACGAGUUCUACUCGUUUGAUGGAACUUGGAAAGUUGUUGCAUGUAUUGUUGCGAUUGGAUAGUUUUAUUGUGAUCCUAUUUGUUACUCUUCUGCGCACAAAAUAAUAAAGUGAUAUUUUUAGGAAUAAAACAA